AUGGCCACUGUUCUCUUCAAUAAGAGUCCUGACAAGAGCUCUACAAUCUCAUCAGCCGUGUCCCUCAAUGACAUACCAGAGUUGGGAGCCCCAGUCAAUAAAAGACAGUCCAUCUUUCAGCGGAGCACGCGAUUUGACAAAGAGGCCAUUGCGACGCAGCCGAGUGUAUUCGAUGACCCCUCAACUCUGGAGAAAUACUACCCCAAGCAAACAUGGGAAAACUAUCAUAGGUUUGAUCCAUUGUAUCGUUGGACAUGGAACGAGGAGUCCAAGCUCGUCUGGAAGCUGGACUUCCGCAUCAUGACCUGGGCAUGCAUCAUGUUCAUGGCACUCGAGCUUGAUCGCGCGAACAUUCUGCAAGCCCUGACGGACAAUUUCUUGAACGACUUGCAUCUGACCACAAAUGACUACAAUCUCGGUAACACUGUUUUCCGCCUCAGCUUCCUCUGCGCCGAGCUGCCUUCGCAGCUCGUGUCCAAGUGGAUGGGCCCUGAUCGUUGGAUCCCGCUCCAAAUAUGUCUUUGGAGCAUCGUUGCUGGCGCACAGUUCUUUCUGUCCGGACGAACUUCCUUUCUGGCAACCCGCGCGCUGCUCGGCAUUCUGCAGGGAGGCUUCAUACCCGACAUCAUCAUCUAUCUGUCUUACUUCUACAAGCAUGCUGAGCUUACCAUUCGGCUCGGUUUCUUUUGGACUGCAUUAAACACGGCCGACGUCUUGUCCGCCGUCAUUGCCAUGGGGCUGCUGAACAUGCGCGGCGUUGCAGGCAAAGCAGGCUGGCGAUGGCUGUUCCUGCUGGAGGCGCUGCUCACUUUCUUGAUUGGCGUCCUGUCCUGGCUGUUGAUGCCGCCUGGGCCAUGCCAAACCGCUAGUUGGUUCCGUGGCAAGUCGGGCUGGUUCACAGAAAGAGAGGAGAAAAUCAUUGUCAACAGAGUGCUACGAGACGACCCUAGCAAAAGCGACAUGCACAACCGUGAGCCAGUGACACCACGGUUGCUGUGGAAGAGCUUGAGGGAUUACGAUCUCUGGCCAAUUUAUGCUUUAGGGCUUACCUUUAUGAUUCCUGUGCAACCACAAGGGUUGUACCUCACGCUCUCACUGACGGGCCUCGGCUUCAGCCGAUUCCAGUCAAAUUUGCUCACCAUACCCGCUACUGUAUUACAAGUUUUCACCAUGCUGGGCUUGACUUUUUUGGCGGAGCAUUUGCGCAAUCUCUCCAUCGUUGCAAUGUUGGCGCAGAUCUGGGCGCUGCCCUUCAUCAUCUAUCUCAACGUCGUGAACACCGCUGCAGUCAACAAAUGGGUCAUGUUUGGCGUCAUCACCCUCCUUUUAGGCGUCCCAAGCUCCCAUCCGAUCCAAGUCGCGUGGACGUCUCGCAAUUCCAACACUGUGCGGUCCCGAACCGUCUCGGCCGCCACAUACAACAUGUUUGUGCAGGGCUGCAGCAUCAUUUCAUCAAACGUGUAUCGCGCCGAUGACGCCCCCCAAUACAAUCGGGGCAAUAGGGCACUUCUUGGCGUAGUAUGCAUGAACAUUGCGUUGUAUGUGCUCACCAAGUUCUACUACAUCUGGCGCAACAAGACCCGAGAUGAGAAGUGGAACGCCAUGACCGAGGAAGAAAGGCUGGCGUAUCUUUCUAAUCCUCCGAAAGAGGGCAACAAGAGACUGGAUUUCCGUUUCGCUCAUUAG